GACCCCGUGCUGACCACGCCGGUCCUGUGUAUGCUGUACUCUAUGUAGGUUUUUGGUGCAUUCCACAAGUCCAUAGUGAUGACUGCUCGGGAAUAUUGGACGUUGUUGGGUCGUUGUGUCUGAUGCUACUGAACACUGGUGGAUGGUGUGUUAACUGCCCGUUGGUGGUGGUUUGUGGGACGAGACCGGGACGGACGCAGUUUUGGAGGUGCCGUUGAAAGUUGGCCCUCGACAGGGAUUUAGUCAGUGGUGGCCGGUUUCUAAGUGACUGGGGCCGGUUUCUAAAUGACCGCGGCCGGUUUCUAGGUGACCAAAGCCGGUUUCUAAGUGACCGCGGCCGGUUUCUAAGUGACCGCUGCCGGUUUCUAAGUGACCGCGGCCGGUUUCUAAGUGACCGCGGCCAGUUUCUAGGGAACCGGGCCAGCGUAUCUUCUCCCCGCACGAGUGUCGUAUGGGACACGGAUGCCUGAUGCGGCGUAAAGCGGAAGACAGACAUGCGGCUGUCAUGUCUUGCCGGGAUACUCAGUCCAACACGCCCACCUGCAGCUCCACGCCCACCUGCAGCUCCAUGCCCACCUGCAGCUCCACACCCACCUGCAGCUCCACGCCCACCUGCAGCUCCGCACCCACCACCACUAAUGUUGCUGCCUCGCCCUCCACCACACCCACUAGCCAACCAAGCGUCAUUCUCAAAGCUCAUGACUCUAUACUCGAGCAGUCCAGAAACUUACCCAUUCCAGUGCUUCCCCAGAGUCUGGAAUCUCAUGUUCCAGCCCUCCAGGACGCCCCAGAUGUCUCCAUCACUGCUGUUCAUUUCCUGGAGUCAGAGAUUCCAGCGGCGAGCCUCGACAACAGCACCCGGGAGAUGGCGUGCGAGGGUAGCCUGGAAGACUGGAACGAAGGCGACCAACCUUGGUACACGUGUCUCUACUCCCCCGUGUCGCUGGAACACUCUCCCGCGCAUCAGGUGCUGGAAGUUGGUGCAGGGGGCGGCGGUGUUGUCUUCCAGGUUCAGAACCCCACUGGAGCCACCUCCAUGGGCUCUGGAACCAACUACAUUGACUCUGGAGCCACUUACAUGAGCUCUGGAGCCACAUAUAUGGGCUCUGAAGCCACAUAUACGGGUUCUGAAGCCACAUACAUGGGCUCUGAAGCCACCUACACGGGGUCUACUCUGCCUCACGGAGUCGUAUCUUCAUCGCAAAUGGCACCUGGAAUGAUGCCAUCCUCGCCACCUGGAAUGAUGCUACCCUCGCCAGCUAUGCCACCAGGAUUGAUGCCAAUGUCCCCGACGGUUCUAUCUGGAAUCCUGCCACCGCAUCCAGGAGGCAUGGUGCCUCAACCAGCCGCUUCCUCCUUCCCAGCUUGCAGCUUUCCCGUCUGCACCUCUCCAUCCCUUAUGCCGAACUCCAUCUAUACCCUGGCUGGCCCUUCCCUGCCUCAGGCAGGUGGAGACUCCGUCACUAUCAAGAUGGAGGACGGGCCGAUGGAUAGAGCCGGGGUUGAAGCAGACGGUAGUGACGCCUGGAUGGUGGACGGCGGCGCUGGUGCUGCCAUCUGGUCUCUGAAGGUGGAACCUUGGCGUACGCCACACCACCAGCCCAGGUAUGUGAGCGAGGAAGCAACAUACUGGGUGCCGACGGGGUGGCCGGUGGGCGCCACGGGCAUGAUGAUGGAGGAAGGUAGCCUGGCCUCCCCAGGGGAGGAGGAACCCGUCAGCUCCCCGCUGGAUGAGGCCUCCACCUCUGCAGCCAAUAGCAAGAGACCGGACAGCAAGAAGUGCGGGGUUUGUGGUGAUCGUGCCCUCGGCUAUAAUUUCAACGCCAUUACCUGUGAGUCCUGCAAGGCCUUCUUCAGGAGGAAUGCUAUUAAAAAUAAGGAUUUCCGGUGCCCGUUUGAAGACCGAUGUAAAGUAAACCAGAUAACCAGAAGAUUUUGCCAGAAAUGCCGCCUUCGGAAAUGCUUUGAAAUUGGUAUGAAGAAAGAAUGGAUUAUGACUGAUGAGGAAAAGCAGAGGAAAAAACAAAAGAUUGAGGAAAACCGAGCCAGGAAAAUUGGAGAUGCCUUGUCUGACGAUGAGAACAUCAAGUCAACGACCCCCUUCAGCCCCUUCACUCCAGUAAGUGGAACGGAAUCCACCAAACCUCAAGCGGUAGUGGUUGGGGUGAUCAGAAGUGACGAGGACGGCUCGUCUAAGGUGAUGCGUGUUGAGGGCCACACGGACAUCCACUCCCAAGACAGAAUGAUCAUACAAUCAACCGGGCUGGCGCCCGAGAGGUUGUCUCUCCCAUCUAGUGGGCUGGUGGCCGAGAGGUUAUCUGUGCCGCCCAGUGGGUUGGUAGCCGAGAGAUUGUCUGUCCCAACCAGUGGGCUCGCUACCGAGAGGUUGUCCCUGUCAUCCAGCUACAGCACCGACAACUUAAACUACUCCAGUGACUAUGCAAGUUCUCCAUCAUCAGAACACCAAGGUGCCCUUCCGCAUUAUUCGUCAGAUCAAGAUUACUCGGGGAAUUCGUUAUCACAACCGCAAGUCUCUAUAGCACUGGAGCGUUUUCACAGUGAGGAAACAUUACGAACGUUUCCUUCGCCUGUGAAUAUAUCUGAUCGUGUAACAAGUAUAUCUUUCGGUGAGACCAAAGGUGUAGUUGACCACGAUGCAAAUGGACUCGAGUGUGAAGCGCGGGAGGAGAGAGAUUCAAGUCCACACCAGACUCACUGUCAGGUGGGGCCGGUGUCGCCGACCUCCCAUCUUCCCCACGGUAGCUUGGCACACAUGAUGGCCAUCAAUAUCAAGAAGGAGGUGGAGUACCAGGAUGACGCGCAGCAGAGUCCACAACCACUGAACGAGCCGCCCCCACUAGAACGCCACCCAGAUGACACCUGGCAUAACUUUAGCGUACAGGAAGCUCUGUCAUUUCUCCAGCCAGGAUGCAAGUCAAACAUAAACGCAACCGGCUUAACAAUGAUGGACUCCAUUAUGAACACCGCCAUCAGUGCGGAGUACAGUGCCUUCAGCCUCCUGGGCAGCAACAACCCAAAUGAGUUGAACGAACCAGAGAAGAUCAAACUCAGUGAACUCUCAGAAGCCAAUAAGGGCCUGAUGGCCCCUCUCUGCGAAGACUACAACUUCAAGGAUCUGAGUAAUCCCUCCCUGAUCAACAUCAUCAACCUGACAGAAAUUGCCAUCCGCCGUCUUAUCAAGAUGUCAAAAAGGAUAUCAGCUUUUAAGAGUUUGUGCCAGGAAGAUCAAAUUGCUCUGCUUAAGGGAGGCUGCACGGAGAUGAUGAUUCUUCGCUCCGUCUGUGCAUAUGACCCCGACAAAGAUUCUUGGAAGAUACAACAAGAUCAUGAUCGAUUCAAAAACAUCAAGCUGAUGGUGCUCAAGGCUGCUCCGGGAAAUGUAUACGAGGAACAUAAGCGCUUCAUACUGGCCUUCCAGCCAGAGUGGCGCAAGGACCAUAAUAUCAUCUUUCUACUCUCUGCUAUCACGCUCUUCAAUCCAGAACGACCCAACAUAAUACACGCUGAUGCCAUAAGGCAUGAACAGUGCUCAUACCUGUAUCUGCUGAAGCGUUACCUGGAAUGCAAAUACGGCGGAUGUGAAGGUCGGACCGUGUACCAUCGUCUGUUGGAACGAAUCACCCACCUUCACAUCCUCAGUGAGAAUCACAUCCGAGUCUUCCUGGAGGUCAAUCCGCAAGAAGUCGAGCCACUUCUAAUUGAGAUCUUUGACCUGAAGCAGAGGUGACAGUCGUAGGAAUGGGUACAGAAGCAGCGUUAGGUUAUGUAAUAAGGCCCACAACUCGGUGUACAGCAGAAGAAAAAUGUUUAUAAACUUUUUGUGGGGUUUUGUAACUGAAUAAACAACAUUUUCUACUGAUCUCUUUAAUACAAAAUAUCAUGGAAGGUUGUGUAUAGUACCAUGAACCAUUUUAGUUGGCAUUAUAAAAUAUUGACAUGCAUGCCACUAAUAUACUGUACAAUAAUGCUAUAGUAUAAAUAUUAAAUGUUUUCUCAUCCCAAGGCUUGUUUUGCUCAAGAAAAAAUAAUUAUUUUUUUUCAACUUGAUGAGAAAAUCUUUUAUUUACAACGAACAUAUUGGCGAGACGAUCAUGCCUCACGUUGUGUUGCCAGUGUUGAUGAGGCCAUCAUGCAUCACAUUGUGUUGCCAGUGUUGAUGAGGCCAUCAUGCAUCACGUUGUGUUGCCAGUGUUGAUGAGGCCAUCAUGCAUCACACUGUGUUGCCAGUGUUGAUGAGGCCAUCAUGCAUCACGUUGUGUUGCCAGUGUUGAUGAGGCCAUCAUGCAUCACAUUGUGUUGCCAGUGUUGAUGAGGCCAUCAUGCAUCACGUUGUGUUGCCAGUGUUGAUGAGGCCAUCAUGCAUUACGUUGUGUUGCCAGUGUUGAUGAGGCCAUCAUGCAUCACGUUGUGUUGCCAGUGUUGAUGAGGCCAUCAUGCAUUACGUUGUGUUGCCAGUGUUGAUGAGGCCAUCAUGCAUUACGUUGUGUUGCCAGUGUUGAUGAGGCCAUCAUGCAUUACGUUGUGUUGCCAGUGUUGAUGAGGCCAUCAUGCAUCACACUGUGUUGCCAGUGUUGAUGAGGCCAUCAUGCAUCACGUUGUGUUGCCAGUGUUGAUGAGGCCAUCAUGUAUCACAUUGUGUUGCCAGUGGAGAAGAAUCUGUACGAAUAUAAAUAGCCUUAUCAAAACCUACUGUAUUGUAUAUAAAAGUAACUGAUGGUCGUGUAUACUCGAUACCUCAAAUGUGUCAUAUUAUAUUUUAUAUAGCAUUUAUAUAUAGCAAUUUAUUGUAGUAAAUUAAUUAGUUUUUAUUGUUCUGAGAAUAUUUUACAUACAAUGCCCUCUAUUGAGAGUAUUCUACACCCGAUGCCUUCCGUUGAGAAUAUUUGAUACCCAGUGCCCUCUGUUGAGAGUAUUCUACACCCCAUGCCCUCUGGUAAGAGUAUCUGCACCUGAUGCCGUUAGCUGAGAGUAUUCUGCUCCCAAUGCUCUCUGCUGAAAGUAAUCUGCUCCCAAUGCUCUGCUGAGAGUAUACUGCGCCCGAUGCCCUCUGCUGAGAGUACUCUGUGCCCGAUGCCCUUUGCUGAGAGUAUUCUGUGUCCGAUGCCCUCUGCUGAGAGUAUUCUGUGCCUGAUGCCCUCUGCUGAGAGUAUACUGCGCCCGAUGCCCUCUGCUGAGAGUAUACUGCGCCCGAUGCCCUCUGCUGAGAGUAUACUGUGCCCGAUGCCCUCUGCUGAGAGUAUACUGUGCCCGAUGCCCUCUGCUGAGAGUAUACUGCGCCCGAUGCCCUCUGCUGAGAG